AUGGCCAAAGUCGUCCGUAUUUUCCUUCGCACUCAGAAGAAUGUUUCAACAGCCCCUGCGCCGAGGACUAUGGAGGACGCAGCGGUUGCGUCUGUAGCUACCGGCAAGAAGAGAAUCCCAAAAGCUUGCGGAUCGUGCAGAUCAAGCAAGGUGAAAUGUGACGGACAGAGACCUUGUUCCAGAUGCGAGAAUCUGAAGAAGGUCUGCGUGUAUAUCGAGAGACCCCCGGACCCUCAUGAACAGAAGAUCGAGGCCCUCGAGAUCGAGGUGCAAAUGCUCAAGCAGAGGUUGGAUUCCCAGCAGAACGACCCCUACGCAUCACUCAGCGCUGUGGACGCGACUACCUCAACCGCAUCUGCCUUUGGCUCGCCAGAACAAGGGGCAAGUCUGGCCAGAAUGGGCUCCGACAUGCAAUCGAAUCCAAGUGAUCUGCGCCGCAAGCGCACAAGAUCUCAGUAUGAAGUCGAGGUCGCCUCGGUGCCCAACUUCGCCGCUAAAGGUCUAAUCACGUUGGACCAGGCCGAGUUAUUUUUCAACGCCUUCUUCCAGGGCUGCGAUCGUUACGUUCCCAUCUUUGAUCCCCAACACGACACAUUCGAGUCGAUCAAUUACCGGAAUGCGCUGCUCUUCGAUGCAAUCAUCACCAUCGGCUGCGGCGUGCUCAGCGAUGCUGAUUCCCAGAUCUGUCAUCUGCUCAACUUCCACCUGAAGAAGACGCUAAACCUUGUCAUUGUCAAUCCCGAGCAUGGAUCUCUGGAGACUGUUCAAGCUCUUCUAGUCACGGCUUGCUAUACCUCAGAGCGAUCUUUGCUGUUGGCGUUUGCUACGAGGAUGGCUCUCGAUCUAGGCCUCCCGGGCGCGUACGAGGACUUGACCAAGAAGAUUGUUAGUAGAGGGACGCUGUCACAGGAUCGAGGCUCCCAGAAAUACGACGAGGCUGACGCUGUGUUGAUGAGACGCGCUCGAGCAUGGUUUCAGCUGAUGGUUCUUGAGCAGAUUCUUCGCGUUGACGCAGGUAAUUUGCGAAGUUUCCACUCGCGCGGCGACCCACGGCGAUGCCGAAUUCUUCUGGGCAAGCCGUUCACCACAGUUCUGGACCUUCGUCUGCUGUCACAGGUUGAGCUGAACUCGCUUAGAGGGAGGACCCAUGACUCAAUAGCGGGGACCGAGCAAUUUGAUGAAGAAGCAGUCAUGGACAUUCUCCGCGAUGUCCAGGUUGACAUCGAUGUCUGGUACAACGACUGGAAGAACAUUAUGCAGGGCUCGUCGAGUGCUGAGACGCCAGUGCUCCUGCUCAAUCUCGAAGUGCAAAAGUAUUGGUCGCAGACUGUCGCACUGUGCAGGGCGCUGCGUGCUCUAGGCAAUGAAAACAUUGCCGCCAUGUCCUCGACACAGAGGGAUAUCCUCCACAUGGCCAAGGAUGCCUUAAAGGGCCAUCUUCGGAUCAUCCUGGACCAGCCUCAACAUUACCUGUCCAAAUUCUGCUAUGCGAUGGACUUCGUCUGGGCCAAGUGCGCCUUUUGCUUCUUAUUGCUCCUGAAGCUGACCCGAUUGCUACCCGAAGAAGACGACAACUCGAAGCGACAGCUGCUCGAUGACGGGUAUUUGCUUCUGAACGAACUGAAUAAGGCCGGAGGUGGGUGGACAAGCGGAGGCCGCAGCAACACCAGCCGGAUGUAUCUGCAAGUGCUUCAGCAGAGUAUUCAAAAGUAUGGCCGUGCACUUCAGAACGACGGCACGGCUCCUGGCCAGAGCGACAUCGACCAAAUCAACAUCGGGCAAGAUCAUAGCUCACCACUCAAUUUCUUUUGGACCACAGGAGGCACCGCUGCAGCGAAUGAAAUUGAGACCUUUGUUCCAGAGCAAUUCGUUUUCGAAUGGGAUUUUCCGGGCCUGACACUGUUCUCUUCCCCAGCAAUGGGAGAUAGCUUUUUCGACGAGUUUCUGACUGGCAACGGGGCUAAUGAUCCAUUGUUCUUUGGAAUGCUGGGCUAG